AGAUCAACACCAACCACCAACAGCAGCUCCAGCCAAUCCUUCAGGGCUCCGACAUCAACUGCGAAAUGGCGAGUGCACUGAGAUCCUGGACUGUGCCGCUGGCUCUUGCUCUGUGCGUUAUAGUGUGUCUCAGCAGCCUGGCUGAAGCGUAUCCACCCAAACCUGAACCUCCAGCGGGAGACGUGGGUCCGGAGGAGAUGGCCAAGUACCACACCGCUCUAAGACACUACAUCAACCUCAUCACACGACAGAGAUAUGGGAAGCGAUCCACCCCUGAAGCCGCUGUGGCUGAACUGCUGUUUGGCGAUGAUGAACAGGACAUCCGGCCUCGUGUUGAAGACUUGUUAUGGUGAUUUGACUCCUCUCUCCUCCUCUGGCUGGUGCAUUGGCUUUCUUCACCCAUCCAUGAUAAUGAUAAUAAAUGAGUUUACUGAACAGCAGAAACCAGCAUGAGCCAAACCCUCAUCAAAAUGAGGCUCCAAAAACACCUCAUGAUCUGUACAUCUCUCUCAGCCUCCUCCUUUCUCUUAUGUUCUCUCUCUCCCUCUCUCUCUCUCUCUCUCUCUCUCUCUCUCUCUCAUGGUUUAAUUUAUGCUAUGUGAAAGACAAUUGUAAAUAAUUUAUUAUUCGCUGACAAAAUUGACUAUAAUAAAAAUGACUGAAUGUUGAA